UCUGGUUCUCGUUGAUCUGCAGGGAACAGACAUUUCUGUUUUGACGGAUACUAGUCAAGCCUGAAUUAGGGGUCAGAGCAGAAACGACUUUUCCAGGAAUAAGGGUGGAACACUUUAACUGGAUUUGAGACAAAAUAAAUCCACGAUGGGUAUUUGGACAAGAAUCAUAUUCACUUUACAAUUAACUUUACAACUCCUUGAUACAGUGAAAACUCAAGGAAUUGUUUAUGAUCUUCUGGUGUCACCGGAUUGCUUACCUGACCUUAUGCAAGGUGGAAUAAGGGCAAAGAAUAUGGACAACGUUUUUAUCCUUGCGAGCCUGCAGAUGCAGAACAAAGCUCCAACACAUGUCUUCCGCAUCUUCAAUGCUGCAGAUAACACAGAUUAUUUUGAUUUCACUGUUCAGGGGAAACUCAACAAAGUCAUUUUGAAAUAUCUGAAAAGCAACGGAAAGGUUGGAACAACAAAUUUCGCUAAAGUGCCACUGACAGAUGGUCAACUCCACCACAUACUGCUCCACUUCAGUGGGCUGCAGCAGGGCACCCCCACCACGGCUCUCUAUGUGGACUGCAGACUGGUGGAGAGAGUGCAGGACGUGCCGCUGGCCUUUAAAUCACUGCCGCAGGGCCCAAAACGAGUCACACUGAAGACCCUGCUAACCUCAAGCCAGGAUAAGCUGUCAGACCUCAGACUCGUGCUCGAUGAGUCUAUUGAGAAUGUCGUGGAACUUCAGGACUGCAGUGAAGAGAGAGAAACACUGCAACUACUAGGAACAACCUCAAAGAUGGAAGCUGGGCCAAUGUUUGAGCUCAUGCGUAUGAUCCAAGAGUUGAAACAGAAGGUGGAUCAGCAGACCAAAGAAACUGCUGACCUGAGAAAGACUAUCUUGGAGUGUGUUCCAUGCAAUGCAUUAAGAACGGGACACCCAGUAGGCAUACUACAAAAUAAUACACGGUCCAAGUGUGGACCAGGGGUCUGUUUUACGCCAGCCAUGUGUAUCGAAAAAGCUGAAGGUGUGAGCUGUGCACCCUGUCCUGAGGGCUACACUGGAGAUGGAGUCCAAUGUGAUGAUGUAGACGAGUGCCAGUUCAACCCAUGUUUCUUUGGUGUACGGUGUUUUAACACUGCGGGAGGGUUCAGAUGCGAGAUGUGUCCACGAGGUUACUCUGGCCCAGAGAUCCAGGGUGUGGGCGUUCACUACGCUCAGGCAAACAAACAAAUCUGUAAUGAUAUUGAUGAGUGCCAGGUGGACAACGGUGGCUGCACACCCAAUUCAUACUGCCAUAACACACUGGGUGCGUUUUACUGUGGGAACUGCAAGACCGGAUUCACGGGUGACCAGAAUACUGGCUGCAAAAGCACUGGCCUGGACCCCCCUCCUGUAUCUGACAGGCUGUGUGGGAACGGCCAGCCAAAUCCAUGUGACAUCAACGCAGAGUGUGUUGUGGAGAGAGAUGGGAGCAUCAGCUGUUUGUGCAAAGUUGCCUGGGCAGGAAACGGCUAUGUCUGUGGAAAAGACACAGACAUUGACGCGUAUCCAGAUAACAAACUUCAAUGCAGAGAUGGAACCUGCAAGAAGGAUAACUGCAUGUUUGUUCCAAAUUCGGGCCAAGAAGAUGCAGACAGAGAUGGGAAGGGAGACGCCUGUGAUGAGGAUGCAGAUAGUGAUGGCAUCUUUAAUGAUCAGGACAACUGCUGGUUGGUACCUAACAUAGACCAGAAGAACAGCGAUAAAGAUCUUCAUGGUGACGCUUGUGAUAAUUGCAAAAAAGUGGAAAACCAGGACCAGCGGGACACAGACAAGGACGGACUGGGAGAUGCCUGUGAUGAUGACAUAGAUGGGGAUGGCUUGAAGAACAUCUUGGAUAACUGUCAGAGGGUUCCAAACCCAGACCAGAAGGACAAAGAUCAUGAUGGCGUUGGUGAUGCAUGCGACAGCUGUCCUGAGGUGCCAAACCCCAACCAGUCUGAUGUUGACGAUGAUCUUGUAGGAGACAAUUGUGACACAAACAUUGACAGUGAUGGAGAUGGUCAUCAGAACACCAAAGACAACUGCCCCAACGUCAUUAACAGCUCACAGCUGGACACCGAUAAGGAUGGGCUCGGGGACGAGUGUGAUGAUGACGAUGAUAAUGAUGGAAUCUUGGAUGAUAAAGAUAACUGUAGACUGGUGCCAAACCCAGACCAGAAAGAUGAAAACAAUGAUGGGGUGGGUGACAUCUGCACUGGAGACCUGGACAAAGAUCACGUGAUAGACACGAUCGACAUCUGCCCUGAGAAUGCAGAGAUCACUCUGACCGACUUCAGGGAAUAUCAGACCGUGGUUCUGGAUCCAGAAGGACAGGCUCAGAUCGACCCCAACUGGGUUGUUCUUAAUCAGGGGAUGGAGAUUGUCCAAACCAUGAACAGUGACCCAGGACUAGCUGUUGGAUACACAGCAUUCAGUGGCGUGGACUUUGAGGGCACCUUCCACGUGAAUACAGUGACCGAUGACGACUACGCGGGCUUCAUCUUUGGCUACCAGGAUUCCUCCAGCUUCUAUGUGGUGAUGUGGAAGCAGACGGAGCAGACAUACUGGCAGGCGGUGCCAUUUCGAGCCGUGGCUGAGCCUGGCAUUCAGCUUAAGGCUGUAAAGUCUAAAACUGGGCCUGGAGAGUUCCUGAGGAAUUCACUGUGGCACACUGGAGAUACAAAUGACCAGGUGCGUUUGCUGUGGAAAGACCCUCGUAAUGUGGGCUGGAAGGACAAGGUGUCAUACCGCUGGAAUCUGAUGCACAGACCCCAAGUGGGAUACAUCAGAGUUAAGUUCUAUGAAGGUACCGACUUGAUUGCGGACUCUGGAGUUGUUAUCGACACCAGCAUGAGAGGGGGACGUCUCGGUGUGUUCUGCUUUUCACAGGAAAAUAUCAUCUGGGCCAACCUGAGAUAUCGCUGUAACGACACGAUCCCUGAAGACUAUACAGUGGAACAAGGCCAGCAGUAAUGAAACUAAGCUGGGAAGAAAGAGGAGAGCACUAUUAGUGGUAAAACACCUCUACAGAAGUGGUUCCAGCACCAAAGCAGAUGCGACUGAUGUUUUGGGUACUCUUAUUUCCCUUAAAACAUGGACUAUUUACUGACUUUUGCAUUCAAGACAAAACAUAGUUUUAUAGUUAUGCUGAAUUUACAUCUGCUGUAGUGUUUACUACACAAGAAUGCUUUUCAGCCAAAA